UAUGGCUAUGGCCUUUCGCACACACAGAGCUAGUUAUUUCUCACCGUAGCAACCCACCCGGGCCUCUGGAACUGGGUGCGAUGGCCACCACCGCUGCUUCUCUCCCUGCUGCCACCUCCAGCGCCGUUUCGUCCAGCUCUUGCAGAGUUUUUGGGAAUUCGCGUCCGUUGAAGACGUCAUGGACUGGCGCCAAGGUUUUGGCCGUGAAGCCCAGGACUAAGUGCGUUGCGCAGGCUGUUGCUGCUGAAAUUAAGGAAGCUGGGGCGAAUGUGGACACAUCCUCAGAUCCUCUGCUCCUGAGGGCGGUGCGCGGUGAGGAAGUCGAUAGGCCGCCGGUGUGGAUGAUGAGGCAAGCUGGCCGAUACAUGAAGGUGUAUCAAGAUCUAUGUCAGAAACACCCUACUUUCAGGGAGCGCUCUGAGAAUGUGGAUUUGGCAGUCGAGAUUUCAUUGCAGCCAUGGCGAGCAUUCAAACCCGACGGAGUUAUUCUAUUCUCAGACAUCUUGACCCCAUUUACCGGCAUGAACAUCCCCUUCGAUAUCCUGAAGACCAAGGGCCCUAUCAUUCAUAAUCCUAUUCGGACCGCUGCCGACGUCGCCAAAGUGCGAGAGUUGGUACCUGCUGAAGCGGUGCCGUAUGUCGGCCAGGCUCUUACUGCCUUGCGUGAGGAGGUCGGUAAUGCUUCCACAGUUCUUGGAUUUGUUGGAGCACCCUUCACGUUGGCAUCCUACAUAGUCGAGGGCGGAUCAUCUAAACAUUUCACCGUAAUCAAGAGGAUGGCUUUCGAGACUCCUGAGGUUCUGCACUCUCUACUUCAGAAACUUGCGGAAUCGGUUAUCAUAUACGUACGCUAUCAAGCUGAUUGUGGUGCGCAAGCUGUCCAAAUCUUUGACUCAUGGGCAACCCACUUGAGUCCAGUAGAUUUCGAGGUGUUCAGCCUGCCCUACAUCAAGCAGAUUGUCAGUGCAGUGAAGUCCACCCACCCCGAUCUCCCAUUGAUCUUGUAUGCAAGUGGAAGUGGUGGCCUCUUGGAGCGGAUGGCUUCUACAGGGGUUGACGUAGUCAGUGUUGAUUGGACUGUUGACAUGGCUGAGGCCAGGCAGCGUAUUGGUACUCAACUAGCUGUUCAGGGUAAUAUGGAUCCUGCUGCUCUGUUUGGAACCAAGGAAUUCAUCGAAAGGAGAAUACAUGACACUGUUGCUAAGGCCGGGCGGCACAAACAUAUUCUAAACCUUGGACAUGGUGUGUUGGUGGGUACACCUGAAGAGAAUGUGGCGCACUUUUUUGAAACGGGUAAAAGCGUACGAUAUUGAGAUAGGGUCCUGAGAAAGGAGGUAGUUGUGAAGGUUUAGUUGUCGAGGAAUGGAGAUUUGAUUCCUGGAAUUUUAGUGAGAAUCCUGGUUCCCAUUUCCAGUUAGGUACUGAGGAGAAAAUGCAACAGUAUACACUAUCUGUCUGGGCCUUCUUUUAGAGGUACUUGAAAUCCGCAGCAAGGUUAUCUCCAUAUUGCAUUUUGAAGAGGCGCUUCCAAGCUGGCAUCGAAACAGCCGCAGAAAAUGUUUUUAUUCUAGAUCUCCACGCUGGAAAACUCCCCUACGUCGGCGGUCUCACCUUUCUAAAUGAAGUUUUCAUCAAGACAAUUCAACUGGGUAAUGCUAUUUCUCUGAUAAAGUAAUAUUAGAAAGCAUCUUUUUGUCUGAAAAUGAAAAACAACAAAGAUUUUUGAACCGUA